CAGGACACUGCAUUGCUGCUCUCCAGCACCACAGGACAGACAGGAAAAAGGCAGCCUAGUACAUUACCCUAUGUGUUUUUCCCCCAUUUUCUGUCUCUCUCUCUCUCUCUCUCUCUCUCCAUGCAUGUCAUGUGUGAUCAGGCACAGUGUGUAUGUUUGAAGAAUGAGAAUAAGAAGUGGAUGGUGAAGCCUGUGGUGAGCCAAAGAUUCAGUCUGACUUUACUGAGACAGUUUUUGUGUGAUCAUCAGGAGCAAACUGAAAGAAGAAAAAAUUAUUUUUUAGUUUUAAAAAAAAUGAUUUUUCUCUUUACACAACAUGUCACACCUCCAGUGGAGCCUUGGUGCUGAUCAGGGUGGCUUCUAUGCUGGAAGCUUGGAGGCUUGAAGGACUGCUGCUGGGGACACUUCUUGACUCUACAUCACCAGAGAGGUGGACGCAUCAUCAGGCUUCAGGGGAAUUGCCAAGACCUGUUUCAUGCAUGUCCACUGGCGGCAGGUUCAACUUUGACGAUGGGGGGUCAUACUGCGGAGGGUGGGAGGAGGGCAAGGCACAUGGCCACGGGAUCUGCACAGGACCGAAAGGCCAGGGUGAAUACUGUGGGUCCUGGGCCCAUGGCUUUGAACUGCUGGGCGUCUACACAUGGCCCAGUGGGAACACCUACCAGGGCAUCUGGGCUCAGGGCAAGAGACAUGGCCUGGGCAUUGAGAAUAAAGGCCGCUGGGUGUACAAGGGUGAGUGGACACAUGGCUUUAAGGGACGCUAUGGUGUACGGGAGAGCACGGGGACGAGUGGGAAGUACGAGGGGACAUGGAACAACGGCUUGCAAGAUGGCUACGGAACAGAGACGUACUCAGAUGGAGGAACAUUUCAGGGCCAGUGGGUUGGCGGGAUGCGGCAUGGCUAUGGAGUUCGUCAGAGUGUGCCAUAUGGUAUGGCGGCCGUCAUUCGCUCCCCACUCCGUACCUCCAUAAACUCCCUCCGCUCCAGUUCAGAGCACAGCAAUGGUACAGCUCUGCUAGACCGGUCUGGAGUGGUUGUUCCUGGUCCUCCUCCUGUUCCUGGCACUCUGACCACCAGCAUCUCCAUAUGCAGCACAGGCAGCAGCGGCAGCAGCCCCGCAGUGUCUCGUGGAGGUUUUGUGCUGACCGCACACAGUGAGGCUGAGCUGCUGAAGGGAAAGAGCGGGCUGUUCAGGAGGUCUAUCCUGUCUGGACUCAAGCUGAGGAAGUCAGAGUCCAGGAGCUCUCUGGCCUCACAGAGGUCUAAACAGAGCUCAUUCAGGAGCGAAGCGGGAAUGAGUACUGUGUCCUCUGCCGCAUCUGAUAUCAACUCUACUAUCAGUCUCGGAGAUGCAGAUGCGGACCUGGCAGUUGCUGAUGAUGAUGUGGAUGCCACAGCAACAGAGACCUACUGUGGGGAGUGGAAGAAUGACAAGCGGACAGGAUUUGGUGUCAGUCGGCGGUCCGAUGGGCUACAGUACGAGGGGGAAUGGCUCAGCAAUAAGCGCCAUGGCUACGGCUGUACUACAUUUCCUGAUGGCACAAAAGAGGAAGGGAAGUACAAGCAGAACAUUCUGGUCAGUGGGAAGAGGAAAAACCUCAUCCCCCUACGAGCCAGUAAGAUCAGAGAAAAGGUGGACCGAGCUGUGGUAGGAGCACAGAAGGCCACUGACAUCGCCCGGCAGAAGGCUGAGAUCGCUUUGUCAAGGACGGCUCAUGCACAGGGCAAAGCAGAGGCAGCGGUGGCAGCAGCUCAAAAAGCCCAGGACGAGAGUCGCAUAGCCAGGGUCACUGCCAAGCAGUACUCCCCUUCCUUCCAGCACCCAAGAAAUGGUAUGGAGGUGCAGCGUCCCAACCGUCAGGUCUCCAGCGAAGUGGAGGGUGAGGGGUUGUCGAGUAGUGCUGGCACGGCUGACAGCCCUGACCUUUAUGUGAAGAGUGGAGCCUCUGAUGACCCCUCUAAUGAUGCUGCCACGCCUGACCUCAGCCCCCCUUCUUCAUCACCUCCACACACUCCACCUAACCUUGCCCGGCCAUCUCAGCGCAGUAAGAGUGCUCGCUUCCACCGGCAGAGUGCCGUGGACCAUGGAGACAGGGGAAAGGAGGGAGGAGAAAGAGGUGAGAAGGGUGGGGGAGGAGGGCAGACACAGAUCCAAGUGUUGAUGGAGGGAGGUAGCGGGGGAGGUGAAGGUGGUGGAGGAGGAGGGAAGGGGGACUAUUCACAGGCCAACAGCUGGAGUGAGGACAAGAGGAGAGGGAUGUUGUCAAAAAGAGGAGGUGGGGUCAGCGGACGAGGAGCAAAUCGGACCAAUGGACACAAACACAGCUCCUCCAAUCACAAGUCGCGGGAGCACUGCUCAUCCAAUCACAGACAAGCCAGAGGGGAGAAAUGGACAGAGUCGUCCUCAUCUGCUUCUUGGACAUCUGGGCACAGGGGAGUGCAUAGCAGAGGAGCCCGGCUACUGGAGCAGGACGAGGAGAAGAUUAGCAACUAUGAGAUGGAGAUGAAGCCUUUACAGCCCAGAGACUCCACUACCCACAAGCCCCAUGGGCAUGGAGAUGAGAGGCACGGACACAGUCACGCUCAUGGAGAGGGCCGCUCACACACAGUACAGAGACAGAGACAUAAGAACUGUGAUGGUAGGGAGGGAAGAGAAGGAAGAGAGGAGAAAGAGGGGGCCAAAGACUCAGUGCACAACCUGGACAGACCGGGAGAGAAGAUGGAUUCACGGCCUCUACGCCGAGACCUCACACUCUCCCCGCCUCUGAGGUCCAACCCCAUCACACCUGAACGGCAGGACCACACCCCCACGCAGAGCAAAGGAAACUCGGCCUACAGCUCUAUCCUGGUUGUCAUGGUGAUUCUGCUCAACAUUGGAGUGGCUAUUUUGUUUAUCCACUUUUUUAUUUAAAGACAGCACUGCUUUCAGAGUCAGCCUAUCUGUGCUACAACAACUAUAAAUUCAUAUGAGUAUUAUAACCAAUCUGCUGCCCCUUCGUGUGUCUGGCGAGAGGGCCGCUACCAGCUGAGGGAAGACUGAGACCAAGGAGGGCUCCACCAUCAUUUCAGCUAAAGGUGGCUAACCCAGCCUAACCUCAGCUAAGCUUAGUCCAGUUGUGGUGAAGUGUGUAGCCCAGAAGUGGACGAAACAGGCAUGAACCAGUCCAGGGAACGGGACUAACUAACUACAGGGAGAAGAGAGUGAGCUUCAGUAGUUCACACAUAAACUGGAGUGGGCUGAACCGGUCUGAUUCCCAGGGCCCGAGAGACGCAGCUGUCAUUACAGCAAGAUGUCUGCUUACACUCUCUGCAGACAGGACUGACAAGACAGACUUUUUCCUUGUCAAAUCAUAGUUUUCAACAGAUUUGUAACUUCAAAUUUAUUUAUUAACAUUCUCUCUCAUGUACAAUAUGUUGAUGGAUAUAUUCUUUAUUUUGUAACCCUCCACCCCUCCUUAUAUGUACCUAUCACUCCGACCGUUUAGUUCCUCCACCUGCCCAGGUCUUAUUAUUGAUGGUUUAAAGUCUGUGUCUAUGUGUGUGUGUGUGUGUUGCUUUAGUUCCCAAGUGUGUGCUGUCUGGAUACUGGUUGAUGGCUACCUGUCACACACACAAACACACAGACAUUGCAUCUACCCCAUCCUCAUCUGUCCUUGUUCUGAUGUCUGUCUCCUAUAAUUCUUCAUCUUGAGUAGGGACUAAGGCAGUGUCUGUGUGUGUGUUUGUGUGUGUGUGUGUGUGUGUGUGUGUGUGCAUGAUCCCCAAGUAGCUCAGUGGCCUUUCACAGUGUUCAUGAAAUUUACAAGAGCAUUACAUGAGAAUGCAGUCACUGCUCAACCUAUGUCUAUCCCACUAGCAUCAGCUGACAGCUGCACUUUCUCUGUCUCUUCUUCCCACUCUCUCCCACCUCCACACAUACCAGAGGAAUGAGCUUCCACUGAGUUUGUGGUAGUUCAAAACAGACCAUCCAUGGUGAAGCUCUGUGCCUAUUGGCAGAAGUAUUUAGAGGAGAUACUGCCUUCAGUGAGGUGUGUAGAACAUUAAAAUAUAGCUUAAAAGACAAAAUUGUAUUGAUAAAUCAGUGUCUCAGACUGCUUCUCUCAAAACUUAACCUGGAGAUGACAAUAUAUUUUAUACUAUACUUGGAAGACGUCUUUACCUGUCACCAUCUGCCUUGUUUUUGUAGUGCAAAUUGUUAAAAGUACAACAAUGCAUGCAUAUGUGCUGUAAUGUUGUAGUUGUGCACUGAAUCUGAAAGCAAAUAAAAAUGCUUCAGAAACACAUGCAGUAUUUUAAGUUUUGAUGGGAGCAGUGUUUGGAGAGCAGGCUGACGCUGGGCGAGAGGUGGAGUAGGAGUUAAAGGAAACCAGAAGAAGUUUGUAUGUGGGGCUAAGUGACACCCUGUGCAGUCUGAAAUGAACAAAGGUUUUGAGAGAAUUUUAGUUAAAUGAUGCAAGUCUUCUGUAGCAUAACAGGAACCAGUGGCCAACACUGAGGUCAGGAUUUAGCGCCUCAGCUCUUCAGCUUCUCCUCCACCAAUCCAAGAACCUUAGCAACUAAAAUACAGUCAGAAGUACCCGUCACAAUUUGUCUGUUUUUAUAGUUGAACAAAACACUAAGUUGUUCUAUGUUUCUCUUAAACCCAUCUGGCAGACCAGCCUCUGUAUUUGUUUGCAUGUGUGUACAUGAAUGCUCAUGGAAGUGUGUGAACAUGUGUGUGCAUCCACCUUCCACGUGAUGGGAUGGGGUGGCUGAGCCUGUUGCCAUCGAUAACAAGUUCCAGGGGGCAGGGAGGAUCGCUGUUGUUCUUCUGUUUGACAGUGUUUCUCAAAGACAGCUCAAA